AUGUUGGCCUGUCUGCAGAGGACCCAGAAUCCGCCGGGCCAGCACUUGGCUUGCCCAAGCAAGAGCCUGGAGCUGCGCAAAUGUGAGCCGGCGACCAGCUCCAUGCAUUCCUCCCGCUACCCCAGCCCAGCCGAGCUGGACGCCUACGCUGAGAAGGUGGCCAACAGCCCUCUGUCCAUCAAGAUCUUCCCCACCAACAUCCGGGUGCCCCAGCACAAGCACCUCAGCCGCACAGUCAAUGGCUAUGACACCAGCGGCCAGCGCUAUAGCCCCUACCCACAGCAUGCUACCGGCUACCAGGGCCUGCUGGCCAUCGUCAAAGCUGCCGUGUCCUCCAGCGGGGCCGCCCCUGCUGGGCCCACGAAGAGCAUCCUCAAGAACGCCGAGGGCAAGCGGACCAAACCCUCGCCUGCUGCUGUACAGGUGGGCGUCGCGCCCUACCCAGCACCCAGCACUCUGGGGCCCUUGGCCUACGCCAAGCCGCCUGAGACGCCCGCCCCACUAGCUGGCCUGCCCACGGCUGCCACCGCCCCCGCACCCUCCGUCAUCCCCCUGCCGGGCCGUGGCCUGCCCUUGCCACCUUCCAACCUGCCCUCCAUCCACAGCAUCCUCUACCAGCUCAACCAGCAGUGCCAGGCCCCGGGCACUGUGCCCUCUGCCUGCCAGGGUGUGGCCGUCCCACACCCCAGCCCGGCCAAGCACGGCCCCAUGCCCAGCUUCCCCCGGAUGACCUACUCGGCCACCACCACUGCGCUGCCUGACUGCCGGAAAGGGGCCGAGCUGGGCCCCGGGACCACACCAGCCCUGACAUUGGCCGGGGCCACCAAGCCUGCAGGGUACACGGACAGCGGCCUGGAUUACCUGCUAUGGCCACAGAAGCCGCCCCCACCCCCACCCCAGCCACUGCGUGCCUAUAGUGGCGGCACGGCGGCCAGCAAGUCCCCCGAGGUGUGCGGGGGUCGGGCGUACGAGCGGGCCAACGGGUCUCCCCUCAACUGCAGCAUCGGGCUGCCCGCCAACUUCACCAUGGGCCAGUACUUCACCGCCCCCUGGAACAGUGUGCUGGUGACACCCACCAGCGACUGCUACAACCCCAUGGCAGCGGUGGCCGUCACCGAGCUGGGCCCGGGGGUGGCCCGGGAGUUGGCAGCGCCCCCUGUGGACCCGCUCUCAGGCCUGCCCAGCAAGAGCGUGUGCAACACGUCGGUGCUGAGCAGCAGCCUGCAGUCGCUGGAGUAUCUCAUCAACGACAUCCGCCCGCCCUGCAUCAAGGAGCAGAUGCUGGGCAAGGGCUACGAGACCGUGGCCGUGCCCCGGCUGCUCGACCACCAGCACGCCCACAUCCGCCUGCCUGUCUACAGAUAA